GCCACCAUGGCUAUUGUGCAGACUAUGCCAGUACCACUGGAGCCUACCCCUGAGGCCACAACUGCCCCCCAAGCUCCAGCCAUGGGCAGCGUGAGCAGCCUCAUCUCAGGCCGGCCCUGCCCUGGGGGACCAGCUCCUCGCCACCAUGGCCCCCCUGGGCCCACCUUCUUCCGCCAGCAAGAUGGUCUGCUACGAGGUGGUUAUGGGGCUCAGGAGCCACUAUGCCCAGCUGUACCCCCCAGGAAGACUGUCCCUGGCACCAGUUUCACCUACAUCAACGAAGACUUCCGGACCGAGUCACCUCCCAGUCCCAGCAGUGAUGUUGAGGAUGUCCGAGAGCAGAGAGCACACAAUGCCCAUCUCCGUGGCCCCCCACCAAAGCUCAUCCCUGUCUCUGGAAAGCUGGAGAAGAACAUGGAGAAAAUCCUGAUCCGCCCAACAGCCUUCAAGCCAGUGCUGCCCAAACCUCGAGGGGCACCAUCUCUCCCCAGCUUCCUGGGUCCUCGGGCCUCUGGGCUGUCAGGGAGCCAGGGCAGCCUGACACAGCUGUUUGGGGGCCCUGCCUCAUCCUCAUCCUCAUCCUCAUCCUCUUCAGCUGCCGACAAGCCCCUGGCACUAAGUGGCUGGACCAGUGGCUGCCCAUCUGGGACACUGUCCGACUCUGGCCGAAACUCACUGUCCAGUCUGCCUACGUACAGCACCGGGGGUGCUGAGCCAGCUACCAACUCUCCCGGCGGACACCUACCCUCCCAUGGCCCUGGGCGGGGGGCACUACCUGGAUUAGCCCGAGGGGCCCCUACUGGGCCCUCCCAUUCAGACAGUGGCCGGUCCUCUUCUAGCAAGAGCACGGGCUCCCUAGGAGGUCGCAUAGCUGGGGGGCUCUUGGGCAGUGGCCCCCGGGCCUCCCCUGACAGUUCCUGUGGAGAGCGCUCCCCACCUCCCCCGCCCCCUCCACCCCCUCCACCCCCGUCGGAUGAGGCCUUGCUGCACUGUGUCCUGGAAGGCAAGCUUCGAGACCGAGAGGCAGAGCUGCAGCAGCUACGGGACAGUCUGGAUGAGAGCGAGGCAACCGUAUGCCAGGUAUAUGAGGAGAGGCAGCGGCACUGGCAGCGAGAGCGCGAUGUCCUGAGAGAGGACUGUGCGGUGCAGGCGCAGCAGGCAGCCCAGCGGGCCCAGCGGGCCCAGCAGCUGCUGCAGCUGCAGGUAUUCCAGCUACAGCAGGAGAAGCGGCAAUUACAGGAUGACUUUGCGCAGCUGCUUCAGGAGCGUGAGCAGCUAGAGCGGCGCUGUGCCACCUUUGAGCGCGAGCAGCGGGAACUGGGACCGAGACUGGAGGAAACAAAGUGGGAGGUGUGCCAGAAGUCAGGCGAGAUCUCCCUGCUGAAGCAGCAACUGAAGGAGUCUCAGGCCGAGCUUGUACAGAAGGGCAGUGAGCUGGUGGCCCUACGGGUGGCGCUGCGGGAGACCCGGGCUGCACUGCGGGUCAGUGAGGGCCGGGCAAGGGGUCUCCAGGAGGCAGCCCGUGCACGGGAGCUGGAGCUAGAGGCCUGUUCCCAGGAGCUGCAGCGGCAUCGCCAAGAGGCAGACCGGCUACGGGAGAAAGCUGGGCAGUUGGAUGCUGAGGCAGUUGGACUCCGGGAGCCUCCUGUGCCACCUGCCACCACUGACCCCUUCCUCCUGGCAGAGAGCGAUGAGGCCAAGGCACAGAGGGCAGCAGCAGGGGUGGGGGGCAGCCUGCGGGCCCAGGUAGAGAGGCUGCGGGCAGAGCUGCAGCAGGAGCGGCGGCGGGGUGAGGAGCAGCAGGACAACUUUGAGGGCGAGCGGCAGGCCUGGCAGGCCGAGAAGGAGCAGGUGAUCCGCUACCAGAAGCAGCUGCAACACAACUAUAUCCAGAUGUACCGGCGAAACAGGCAGCUGGAGCAGGAGCUGCAGCAGCUGAGCCUGGAGCUGGAGGCCCGGGAGCUCGCUGACCUGGGCCUGGCUGAGUCAGCCCCCUGCAUUUGCCUGGAGGAGAUCGCUGCCACCGAGAUCUAG